CGUGUAGCGGGGAAACAGGAGUUCGGAUGGCUGAAGGGGAUGCCCACUGGCCGAAGGCCGACUGUGAUUUCCCUACCCCCACAAGGCGAUUUUGAUCCCCUGAGUGCUGCUCUUGAGGACUCAGGCCCCGAAGCUGUCCCACAGCUUCAUCCCACAACCCAAGCUGUGCCUCAUGGAGUCGAUGUUUAGCAGCCCUGCCGAGGCGGCGCUGCAGCGAGAGGCGGGGGUGCCAGGACUGCUCACUCCUCUCCCGGACCUGGACCGAGUGUACGAGCUGGAGCGAGUCGCUGGAUUUAUCCGCGACCUGGGGUGUGAACGAGUUGCCUUGCAGUUCCCUGACCAGCUAUUGGGAGAUGCUGUGGCUGUGGCUGCACGACUGGAGGAGACGACAGGGUCAAAGAUGUUCAUUCUGGGGGACACAGCCUACGGCAGUGAUGACAGCAACUCGCUUCCAGAAGAAAACCCGUUUCACUGAUGCUAUCUCCCCUGCAGCUGCUGCAUGGAUGUGCUGGGUGCUGAGCAAGCUGGAGCUCAGGCUCUCAUACAUUUUGGCCCUGCCUGCUUAAGCCCCCCAGCCCGCCCACUGCCCGUCGCCUUCGUCCUUGGUCAACGUUCUGUGGCCUUGGAGCUGUGCGUCAAGGCCUUUGAGGCCCAGAACCCAGACCCCAAAGCGCCUGUAGUGCUGCUGAGUGAGCCGGCCUGUGCCCAUGCCCUGGAGGCUUUGGCUACUCUCCUGCGCCCACGGUACCUGGACCUGCUAGUCUCCAGCCCAGCUUUUCCCCUGCCAGUGGGUUCCCUGAGUCCAGAGCCUAAGCCCCUGGAGCGUUUUGGGCGCUACUUCCCUCUUGCCCCAGGGAGACGUCUAGAAGAGUAUGGUGCCUUCUAUAUGGGGGGCUCUGAGGCCAGCCCUGACCCAGACCUUGACCCAGACCUGAGUCGGCUGCUUUUGGGGUGGGCACCAGGUCGACCCUUCUUCUCCUGCUGCCCAGAUACAGGGAAGACUCAGGAUGAGGGUGCCCGGGCUGGACGGCUAAGGGCACGAAGACGAUAUCUGGUAGAGAGGGCCAGAGAUGCCCGUGUUGUAGGGCUGCUGGCAGGCACACUGGGUGUAGCCCAGCACCGUGAGGCACUGGCCCACUUGCGGAACCUGACUCAGGCUGCCGGCAAGCGUAGCUAUGUGUUGGCCCUGGGGCGGCCCACCCCCGCCAAGCUUGCCAACUUCCCUGAGGUGGAUGUCUUUGUGCUAUUAGCCUGUCCUCUGGGUGCCCUAGCCCCCCAGCUUUCUGGUAGCUUCUUCCGACCUAUACUGGCACCAUGUGAGCUGGAAGCUGCCUGCAACCCUGCCUGGCCACCUCCAGGCCUGGCUCCCCACCUCACACAUUAUGCAGACUUAUUGCCUGGCUCUCCCUUCCACGUGCCUCUCCCACCACCUGAAUCAGAGCUGUGGGAAACCCCAGAUGUGUCACUCAUUACUGGAGCUCUCCGACCCCCACCUGCCUGGAAGUCAUCAAAUGAUUCUGGAAGCUUGGCCCUGACCCCACGGCCCCAGCUGGAGCUGGCUGAGAGCAGUCCUGCAGCCUCGUUCCUUAGUUCCCGGAGCUGGCAAGGGCUGGAGCCCCGCCUGGGUCAGACGCCAGUGACAGAAGCUGUGAGUGGAAGACGAGGGAUUGCCAUCGCCUAUGAGGAUGAGGGAAGCGGCUGAUACCAUGUGGGGCCAGAGACAUAGAUGGACUUAUGAAUGGCUGCUAGGACCUUUAGUGUUCCCUGCACCAACCUCCCAUCCCCCUGCCAAGAUCCUUGAAGGACCUUGGAAGGAGGGAGAGCAGGCAGCCCUUCACUGAGGAUAGGAUCCAUCUCUGAUCUGUCCUGGCACUGGCACAAGCUAAGCACAUGCCCAGUAAAUGCUUGUUGUUUGGCUGAUGGAAUAAAGGGCUUAGGGACUUCCCUGAGGCCUCUGGACCCAUCUGUCUUCCUGGGGGCAGCCCAGGACCUUUGGCCAAUCCCAGUUCCUGGUCUCCAGUUGAGGGUCUGUCCUUGUCAAAAGGCAGGUGCUAGACAGUCUAGACCACGGUUUCUCAAAACUCAUACCUGACAUUUGGGGCCAGAUAAUUCUGUGUUGUGGGGCCUGUCCGGUGGAUGGUAGGGUGCUUAGCAGCAUCCCUGGCCUCUGCCCACUAGACAUCAGAAGCACUCCCCCAAUUGUGACAACUAAAAAUAUCUCCAGACAUUGGCAAAUGUUCUCUGAGGGGGCAAAAUUGCCCUCAAUUGAGAACCACUGGUCUAGCUGGACCUGCACUGUGCAGUACAGUAGCCACUAAGUGCAUGUGGCUAAACUUAAAUUUAAGUUAAUUAAGAUUAAAAGCUCAGUUUCUCAGUCACAUUAGUCAUUCAAGUGUUCAGACAGCCACAUGAGGGGACAGUGCAGCUACAGGAUAUGCCAUCAUGGCAGAAAGUUCUGUUUGUUGGACAGUGUUGGUCUACACUGACUCUUAUUUCUCAAGGAGAUCACAGCAACCUGAAUAAACCAGAUAGCUUUUCU